AUGAAAAAGUAUCGCCAUAAUUGGUGGAAAACCGUUAACAUUGCACCAGAAAAUCUAACUUUCCAUCCGGCAAAAAGCAAAGAAGCGGACGUAUACUGGGUGUCACUUUUAAAACCUCAAGCGUAUAAAGGUGGAUUUGACGCAUCACGAGCAGAAGUGUAUGUCAAGAAUAAAGUAGAAAAUUAUGGCUUCGAUGUUCAAGAAAAGCUCAAGAAAUCCUUGAUAACUGGAAGUGAUGAACUUUUAAAUUUAUACAAGUUUAAAUUCGCACAAGAAAGAAAUCAAGAAGAAAUUCUUGUGAAUUUUAUGCGGAUAACAAUGGAGUUGAUUGAAAGAAAUCAAAGACGCGGCGGACAACAAGAAAGAAAUCAAGAAGAUUCGAAUUUUUAUCCGUCAAGUAAAGACGCGGCGGAUAACAAGAAAGAAAUCAAGAAGAUUCGAAUUUUUAUCCGCCAAGUAGAGAUGCGGCGGAUAUCAAGAAAGAAAUCAAGAAGAAUUCGAAUUUUUAUCCGCCAAGUAGAGAUGUGGCCGAUAUUCGCGGAUAACAAUGGAGUUGGAGAAAGAAAUCAACAAGAAAUUCGAAUUUUUAUCCUCCAAGUGAUGCGAUUCCAACAUCCGCGAAUAACUAUGGAGUUGGAGAAAGAAAUCAAGAAGAAAUUCGAAUUUUUAUCUGCUAAGUAG